CUGCCCCACUCCGAUCGCCUUGGCUCUCCGGCCCAGCUCUCGCGGACAAGUCCCGACAUCGCGCGCCCCCCCCAUCCGGGACCGCCCCCUCCUCCCUUUCGGCGUCGAAGAUAAACAAUAGUUGGCCGGCGGGCAGCGGGGGUAUCUCCCGCCGCCGGUUCGGCGGGUUGAGUAGGGGGCGGGAGGGGGGGGACCGGCGGGAUCCCGGCCAGCCGGCCAUGGCGGGGCUGUACUCGCUGGGAGUGAGCGUCUUCUCCGACCAGGGCGGGAGGAAGUACAUGGAGGACGUUACUCAGAUCGUGGUGGAACCCGAGCCGACUGCUGAGGAGAAGCCGUCGCCGCGGCGGGCGCUCGUUCCGCCGUCGCUUUCGCAGCCGGCUCCGCCCGCCCUUCCUGGAGCCGGAGUCUCAGGGAGAGGCCCGGCGACCGCAGCCCUAGGCUCCCGUGACCCUUCCCCGGACGCCGCUGGGGCCUCUUCGGGCAUCGGCCGCUGCUGUCGCCAGCGCUCGUCGGUCGCCUUCUUCGCCGUGUGCGACGGGCACGGCGGGCGGGAGGCAGCACAGUUCGCCCGGGAGCACUUAUGGGGUUUCAUCAAGAAGCAGAAGGGUUUCACCUCCUCCGAGCCCGCCAAGGUUUGCGCCGCCAUCCGCAAGGGCUUCCUCGCUUGUCACCUCGCCAUGUGGAAGAAACUGGCAGAAUGGCCAAAAACUAUGACAGGUCUUCCCAGCACAUCAGGGACAACUGCCAGUGUGGUCAUCAUACGAGGCAUGAAGAUGUAUGUAGCUCAUGUAGGUGACUCUGGGGUAGUCCUUGGAAUUCAGGAUGACCCAAAAGAUGAUUUUGUCAGAGCUGUGGAAGUAACACAAGACCAUAAGCCAGAACUUCCCAAAGAAAGAGAACGAAUCGAAGGACUUGGCGGGAGUGUAAUGAACAAGUCUGGGGUGAAUCGUGUAGUUUGGAAAAGACCUCGGCUCACUCACAAUGGACCUGUUAGAAGAAGCACAGUUAUUGACCAGAUUCCUUUUCUGGCAGUAGCAAGAGCUCUUGGUGAUUUGUGGAGCUAUGAUUUCUUCAGUGGAGAGUUUGUGGUAUCCCCUGAACCAGACACAAGUGUCCAUACUCUUGACCCCCAGAAGCACAAGUACAUUAUCUUGGGGAGUGACGGCCUGUGGAAUAUGAUUCCACCUCAGGAUGCCAUCUCAAUGUGCCAAGAUCAAGAGGAAAAGAAAUACUUGAUGGGUGAGCAUGGACAAUCUUGUGCCAAAAUGCUUGUAAAUCGUGCGUUAGGCCGCUGGAGACAGCGCAUGCUUCGAGCAGAUAAUACUAGUGCCAUAGUAAUCUGCAUCUCUCCAGAAGUGGACAAUCAGGAGAAUUUCACCAAUGAAGAUGAGCUCUAUCUGAACCUGACUAACAGCCCUUCUUAUAAUAGUCAAGAAACCUGUGUGAUGACUCCUUCUCCAUGUUCUACACCACCAGUCAAGUCACUAGAAGAGGAUCCAUGGACAAAGAUGAACUCCAGGGACCACAUACCUGCCCUUGUUCGUAGUAAUGCCUUCUCAGAGAAUUUUUUAGAGGUCUCAGCUGAGAUAGCUCGAGGGAAUAUCCAGGCUGUAGUCUUACCCUCAAAAGAUCCAGAGGCACUUGAGGAAAAUUGCACUAAAGCCCUGACUUUAAGGAUACAUGAUUCCUUGAACAACACCCUGUCAGUUGGCCUGGUGCCUACCAAUUCAACAAAUACCACCGUGGACCAAAAAAAUUUAAAGAUGUCACCUGCUCAAAUGAAAGCCCAAGAAGUUGAAAGAACCCCUCCAGCAAACUUCAAAAGGACAUUAGAAGAGUCCAACUCUGGUCCCCUUAUGAAGAAGCAUCGACGAAAUGGUUUAAGUCGAAGUAGUGGUGCUCAGCCUGCAAGCCUUCCCACCACCUCACAGCGAAAGAACUCUGUUAAACUUACCAUGCGACGAAGACUUAGAGGCCAGAAGAAAAUUGGAAAUCCCUUACUACAUCAACCUAGGAAAACUGUUUGUGUUUGCUGAAAUGUAACUGGGAAAUGGGGAUUUUCCAUACUUAGGAUAUGAGGGCUUUUUAAAUCUGGUGCCGAACUUGAACUUUUUAUAAGGGGACAAAAUAAAGAGUAUACAGUUUGACUUUUUGCUUGUACUAUAAAUGUGAAUUUUGUAGAGGUAGGGUAUAAGUUGCUGUAAAAUGUGUGUAAAUUUGUAUCCUUCACACAAACUCAGUCUCUUAUUCCAACACACAGUAAUUAUGUCAACAGGGCUAAAUGUUAAAAAAAAAAGUCAAAGGAAUAUAUUAGAUUUUAGAAAUACAUUUAAACUUUUUUAAAUGCUUAUUAAAAUUUGUAUAAGCCUUUCAUCUUGUGAUGAAAACCACACAGCUUUUUAAGGUGAAUUAUUAAGUAAACUGGAAAACUGAUGUAUUUUCCUAGUGACUUGUGCUCCACGAAAUGUUUCCUAGG